AAAUAUAUAUUCCAGACUUUGCAGAAGUCCUCACAAGUCAUUGGUUGUAAAGAAGACACAGAAAGUUUCAAAAAAGGUUUCAGCUUAUUACUCUUCUACACCUCCUCUGUUCUGUUCUGUUCUCUCCAGUCCCACCCCAAACUCUCACAACCCUGAUCGUAGUUUUCAGCCUAAAUCUCUGUAAGUUGGUGAAAGUUGAUACCAAGUACAAAUACCCAGAUCCAGUCUAAUCUCUUUUCUCAAGUAUAUACACUGUUUGAGCAUAUAUUUGGUAUAUUGGGCUCAUGUCUUUUCUCUUUCUUCAAUUCUUAUAUGUUUCAAUUCAGGGGAUAGUGAAACUUUGAGAAAGAGUGUGCGUUUGAAAAGUUAGAAUCCGAGGCAAAUCAAUCGGGUCAUGGUUUAGACUGUGCUUAUGGUUCCGUUUGAACCCAACAGUAUCCGUAAAGAUUAUUAGGAAAAAGAGAGGGAAGGGUUUCUCUGCUUCUUUUGGGCUCUGGCCGUUUUCUUUAUUAUAUAGCUCAAAAAAGACUUCGGCUUUAGUUGUAUUAUGCAACUUGGUUUUGAUAAAGGGAUCAAGGAGCGUCCAAGGCCAAGAGAGAGACUGAGAGAGUGAGACUGGUGGGAGAGAGAGAGACUGGUGGGAGAGAGAGAGACUGGUGGGAGAGAGAGAGAGAGACUGGUGAGAGAGAGGUGAAAUUAAAAACCCAAUGCCGCAGGAGGAGCCAAGAAAGAAGCUUGGAAAUGAAUAUUCCAAUUCCAAGAAGAAGGAGCGCCACAUAGUUACCUGGUCUCAAGAGGAGGAUGACAUUCUGCGCAACCAAAUUAGCGUUCAUGGAACAGACAAUUGGGCUAUCAUUGCGUCUAAAUUCAAGGAUAAAACAACGAGACAGUGCAGGAGACGAUGGUACACAUACUUGAAUUCUGACUUCAAGAAGGGAGGAUGGUCACCAGAGGAAGACAUGCUCUUAUGCGAGGCUCAAAAGAUAUUUGGUAACAGAUGGACAGAAAUAGCCAAGGUGGUUUCGGGAAGAACUGACAAUGCUGUGAAAAACCGGUUUUCGACCUUGUGCAAGAAGAGAGCCAAAUAUGAGGCCUUAGCUAAAGAGAACGCUACUUCAUACAUCAAUUCAAAUGACAAAAGGGUCAUAAUCCGAAAUGGUUUCAAUACAGAUGGAACAACAGAAACUACAGCACCUUCUAAAAAGAUGAGGAGAACCCACAUCCCUAAUCUCUCCGAAAAUUGUAACUCUGGGGACAGACUAUUUGAGCAGUGUGGAAAGAUGAAUCAGCAGCUAAGAGCUCCAUUUACUGUGUUGAUUCAGAAUUUCCACAAUGUAGACAACCUGCCAGACCAGCAUAAUGUCAGUAGCACCAAGGAAGUCCCUGGGAAUGCAGCACAAAAUAGCAAGUUUCAAGGAUCAUUUCUCAAGAAGGACGAUCCAAAGAUAACUGCUCUGAUGCAACAAGCAGAGUUGCUCAGCUCAUUGGCACUAAAAGUUAACACAGAGAACACAGACCAGAGUCUUGAAAAUGCUUGGAAGGUGCUCCAGGAUUUCUUGAAUCAAAGCAAAGAAAGCGACAUCCUCAGUUAUGGAAUUACUGAUUUUGAUUUUCAACUCGAAGAUCUUAAAUAUCUGUUAGAGGACUUAAGGAGUACUAAUGAAGGAAGUCGACCAUCUUGGCAGCAACCAGAUCUAUACGAUGAGUCCCCAGGACGCUCUGAAUACAGUACAGGGUCAACUCUCCUGUCCCAAACAGAAUGUUAUGUGGAACAAAACGAAGCUGACAUUGGUACACUGAUUGAGGAGAUUCAACCUGGAUCACAAUCCAUUCCUAUUGGAGGGGAAAAUGAUGUUCGUGAAUGUGAGAAAGGGAUUGUUUCCAGUGGAACCAGAAAGCAAGAGAUAUUUCCAUCUUGUAAUGAAGGAACAAAAACUGAUGCAGUCAUUUCUGUAUCGUCAAAUACAGAGUUCAGUUCUCCUAAUCAAGUUACCCCGUUGUUCAGAUCUUUGGCAGCAGGAAUUCCCAGCCCAAAAUUUUCUGAAAGUGAAAGGAGCUUCUUGCUCAAAACGCUUGGAGUGGAGUCUCCUUCUCCUUACCCAAGCAACAAUCCUUCACGACCACCACCCUGCAAACGAGCCCUCCUUCAAAGUCUAUAAUCAACCAGCCUUUUUGAUCCACCUUAUACAUAGAAUUUUACAUGGCUUAGUUGCCUUGCCUAUUGAGUUCAUGUUUUUUCAAAUUCCUUUCCUCUUUGGAUUGCAGCCAUUCCAGCCUGAAAUUUUACCAAAAGGCAGGUUAAGAUCUGCUUCCCAAAACCCAGAUCUAGAAUGUUACGGUGCAUUCUAGCAUUUCCAAAAGUAUCUAACAAAGUUUUCUGCAUUCUUUUGUCCCUCAGCAGAGUUACCACCCUCGGAGUUCCUAUCCGGUACUCACAUUCUGCGUGCUUGGUGUGUCAUUCUUUAGUUUGUCUUGGUGUGUUCCAUUUUUUGGCCUUUGAUGUACCAGUUGUACAGAACCUGCUAUAUCCCUAGUCAUUCAGAGUGUAAGACUGUAAGUAUACAUUGGCACCUCGCCUAUAUCUUCAGCUAGAGUAUAUGUUGAAAAGUAAAGAGAGAGAGAGAGAGAGAGAGAGAGAGAGAGGAUUAACCAGUUCAAGUGGAUUCCUGUUUAUCGUUUUUUGGUGUGCAAAGGUAUAGCAUAGAAUUAAGUUCAUUUUUUUUCUUCUUUGCUUUGGUUUCCCUCUUGAUUUCUGAUGUAACCAAACUUAAUAUAAUUGGAGUGAAAAUGGUUUUGGUUUU